AUGAGCAGCGACUCACUGCCUCGCACUAUGGCGUCCUUGCCUGAUGAUCAUUGGCGUCCAACCUAUGAAGAUAUUCAUAUUAUGAUUCGGGACAUUUCGGUAAAAAUACGAGAAGAGUUUCAACCGGAUCUUAUCGUCGCAAUUGGUGGUGGCGGAUUUUUUCCCGCGCGAGUAUUGCGCACGUUUCUAAAGAAACGCGAUGCACAGAACCCUAACAAGAUGCGCAAUUUACCGAUUCAAGCUAUUGGUUUAAGCCUGUAUGAAGAGGUAGAAGGUGUGUCAGGCGAGAUGAUUGGCAAAGAAGUGAUUCGUACGCAAUGGCUCGACAAGGGGGACGUAGUGGGUAACAGCACGACCCAAAAUGAUGCAGGAGGACUGCUCGGAAAAAAUGUCCUCAUUGUGGAUGAGGUGGAUGAUUCGCGCACGACGCUUCACUAUGCAUACCAUGAGCUUUUGAAAGAUGUGCGGAAAGCGAUUCAGUCCUACACACCUGAGGAACGGGCUAAGAUUCCUCCCACGCGCUUUGCCAUUUUUGUCGUUCAUAACAAGUUGGGACCAAAGAGAGCUGAACUUCCUAUGAUUAAGGAGCCAAAGGAUGAAGUGAUCGAGGACGGCGUCAGCACUGGCGUGUACUAUUACGCAGCAGAGAUGAUGCCCCCCGUUUGGAUCAACUUUCCUUGGGAAGAAACAGAUAUCCUGGAACAUAACCGACUGUCAGAACUGGCCAAGCAUCUUGGUGUUGGACAGCCGCCGAAAUCAUAG